AUGGUCCUCACUAUGCUGGGGGCUCAGUACCCCAGGGCUGGCCUGAGCCUGUUCCUCCUCUACCUUGUCCUCGCAGUCACACUCCUUCUCCCCCCGCCUCUAAGGUCUCAGCAAUCUGUUCCCAAGGAGUUCUCAGCCUCCCUGGAACUCUCAGACCCCAUUUUUGGCUUGGUGGAUGACUAUGGGGUCCGACCCAAGCACCCCUGGCCACGAGGGCCACGGCCCCUCCUCUCCCAAGCCCAGCAGCGCAAGCGAGAUGGGCCGAACAUGGCCGAUUAUUAGUAUGACACGUACGCAUGA